AUGCAAUUCUCCAACGCUAUCGCUGCUGCCACUCUUGUCUCUGCUGCUUCUGCUGCUUACACCAACGUGACCUCUACUGCUACCGUUGAGGACAUCUCCACCACUGUGAUCACCGUCACCUCCUGUGACGAGGUCUGUACCGAGGUUCCAGUCACCACCGGUGUCACCGUUGUCACUGAGACCAUCGAGGGUGUUGUUACCGAGUACACCACCUACUGCCCACUCUCCACCUCCACCACCACCACCGAGGAGAUCUCCACCACCGUUGUCACCAUCACCUCUUGUGAGGAGGACAAGUGUACUGAAGUUCCAGUCACCACCGGUGUCACCACCGUCACCAAGACCGAGAACGGUGAGGAGACCGUCUACACCACCUACUGCCCAACCACCGAGGUUCCAGAGACUGAGGCUCCAAAGACUGAGGCCCCAACCACUGAGGCUCCAACGACUGAGGCUCCAAAGACUGAGGCCCCAGAGACCACCGUCACCAAGGAGACUGUCACUUUGACCAAGUCUUCUGAGGGUGAGACCACCAAGGCUCCAGAGACCGAGGCUCCAAAGACCGAGGCUGAGACCACCGUUGAGGUUUCCACUUACGAGGGUGCUGCUGGUAAGGCUGCUGGCUCCGUUUUGGCUGUUGCCAUCAUGGGUUUGUUGGCUUUCUAA